AUGAGUAACAACAGAAUCAGAGUGAUCCAGGAGCCAGCAUUUAAUCCGCUGACCAAUUUGGAGAAACUGGACCUAUCCUCAAAUAGACUGGAUUCCUUGUCUGCUGGAUGGUUUAAGAACCUAGCAUCCCUUCAGUACUUGAAUCUUGUUGGGAACAUGUAUAAAACUCUGGGGCAAGGCAAUCUCUUCCAGUCGCUGAAGAAAUUAAAGUCCCUACAUUUCGGCGGACCUCACCUUCAGUCUGUCAGAAAAAGUGUGUGUCCCGCCCGCACUCGACGAAAGUGUGCUACUGAGCGGCGUGGCGGCGGAAUGUGUGAGUCCGGCUCAGACUCUGGCAGCUCUUCAGGUAGUGUGAGGGCCAGCCGAGGAAGCUGGGGCAGCUGGAGCAGUGCCAGUAGCAUAGAGGGAGACAAGGACGGCAGUGCCCGGACACACGCCUGCACUACCUCAUCUAGAAAAAGGGACUCCAUGCAGUACGGUGUCUACCCAGUAGAGAGAGACUGCUACCAGACCAUGAAUACAAACUACAAGGCUCUCAGCAUGAACAGCUUGUAUCGUAAAGACAUGUGCCAAAGCCCCGACACCGCAGCGUCCAACUUCACCCCCAGUUUUGCUGCGGUUACUGCAGGAGUGGACAGGACCACAGACCUGACAGGUCAGUAUGUGCCUGAAGAGACGUGGUCAGCUCCAUCCAUCCCCCUCACCAAUGAGUUCAGAUACAACACCACCGAAGCUCUGCCCUACAUACCUCAGCAAGCAACCACCGGGUCAUAUAAUGGGUUUACCUGGAGAAGUGCCAACAGCCAUUGCAACAGUCCCUACACCUACAGUCAGGAAGGCAACUACAUAGGUAAUGGAACGUUCCCGAGCGGUUUUCCGAGUCAGGAGAGCCAGAAUGUACACAGCAAUCAGACCAGCUGGAGCGAGGAACAGCCUCAGGAAUCGCCUUCAUCCUGGGACACAGCAGCCUGCGUGGGCAGUAAGCCAUACUUCUCGGGCACCCGCAGCCUCUCUCCCAUGUCCAGUCUGUUUGGAUCCAUCUGGACGCCGCAGAGCGAGCCCUACCAGAGCCACUUCCAGCCUGAGCGAUCAGCCCCGAUAUCCCCCGUGUCCCCCAUCACCCCGCCUCAUUCUCCCUUCAGCCGGGAGCCAGAAGGAACCUGCGCACCGAUCACGUACUCCAGCUUCAACCCCUUCGGCCCCCACAUGAACCUGGACAUAUGGAACUCUUCUUCCAACCGCAGCUCCAACUCGCAGCUCUCUAACGACUCCGGCUACUGUGGAGAUGUUUAAAAAUAAAAAAAUGUAAAAAACAAAGAAGCGGCAGACCUUAACAAUAAUUGCAAACAUAUAAAAACAUUGAUAUGUAAAAGAAAGGAAAUAAAAAUGAAUGUUCUUUUAUCAUUAAUGGGGAAAAUGUGAAUAUUCCUUUUCUUUUAUGUUCCCAUUUUCAAAUGUUAAAUGUUGUGAAAGGUUAAGCAUUUGUUGUAUAUUUUUCUAGAUGUUUUGCAGUUUUGAUCAUAGAAAAUUAAAAAAAAAAAAGGUUUUGUA